AUUCGCAGUUAACGUUAGAUGUAGCAGUCUGAGGCGAAAAGGAGCAGAAAAUAUCGUUGAAACAUAAGAUUCUAUUGCUUUACAAGGGAAUCUCAAUUCUCGAAGUUAUUUUCGCUGAACGUUAGAUUUAGCAGUCUGAGGCGAAAAGGAGCAGAAAAGAUCGUUGAAACAUAAGCAUUGUUUUCAAGUGAAUGUCGAUUCUCGAAGUUCUUUUCUGCAAAAUGAAGGUCAGAAGCCUGGUAUUAUACUUCAACUUUCUUGUUGCCGUAGCAGCAUCAAGCCACGAAUCCUACUGUCCAGCGUCCAUCCAUUCAGCAGGCGCGCGCAUAACUCAAGUUGACCUUGCCCUACAGAGCAAGCAUGUGAAAAAGCGUCUUCAGGGCCAAAGUCAGAUGUCAUGUAGUCAGCGGUGUCUGCAGCAAGACUGGUGUAUAUCGGUGAAUUACGAAGUGUCUCGACCGGAAGGAGGGGCCUGCGAAUUGAACACAUACGGAGUCGAGAUGUUGGCCGACGCAAAUCCCAAAAACCCAGAGUUUAAAAGGAAAAAAGGAUGGAUAUACUCACAGUUAAGAUCCGCUCAGUUCACACUAAGCUUACAAGCCUGUAAAGAUGGUUCGUUUACUUGUUCAAAUGGAGGCACAUGUGAGAUUGACUGCAAAACUCUCGUCCCAAGAUGUCUUUGUCCGGAAGGCUUUUCUGGAGACAAGUGUGAAAGUUAGUACAGCUACCCUUCUUUGGCCAACUUGAACUAUUUGCAUUUACUGCAAUCAAGUAGAUUUAGUCAGUGAUAUAAUGAUGUGUAUUAGCAUUUCAUGUAACUUUCUGUCUGUCCCAGCACUAUUUUCGACGAAGGUCGCAUAACAAAGCGAAAUGUUAGGACAUUUGAUUGUUUUUGUCUUCAUUGUUUUUGUCUUUUUUGUCGGCAAAUUUAUUUCAUGAAACUUUAGUUCUACUAAAAUGUUUGGGAUGCCUGUGUUACACCACUAAACUGUAGGUUAGCGAGUUAACCCACCUCGCGAGCAGGGUUAGAUUUUACCUCCAAACUGACCCAGAUUUAGCACUAACCAGCGUUUCGAGAACAGAACUAAUCCGGGGGUAAAAAUGUAAUCGUGGGUUAGAGCAAAUUUAACCCUAGGUUAGCGCUAAUCGCUAAUCGGCCCCAGGCCUCUAAGAGAUUGACCGAGCAGGUUUGAAGGUCACACAAAUUUUGAUAUGCAUUUGAUCCCCCCCCCCCCCCACAGCCAAUCCUGGGUACACGUCUGAUACUCAACGGAAAAUGGAAAAGCCAAAUAAAAGCGUUGCAAAGGUAGCUCACGUACAUCACUAUGGCAACGUAGUUACUAGACGAGUCCAACUCACCCGCAAUACGAUUAGAGAAUUAUAGUAAUUAGAAAGUAAACCAGAAAUACACUGUAUUUACUUGGAAGCUUUCAAACUCGAGAUAUAAAAGCAGAGACAGCAUUGCAGACUUGGCAUCUUUUAUUUAGAAUAAUAAUAUCCAAUGGUCUUCCAUGCCCGUAUCUAUUUAAAUAAAAGAAAUAUUUACUCUCACUAAAUCUUAAGUAUUUUAAAUGAUGUCAUACAGUGAAUAAAAAUUAUACUCCAAGUGAAACUAA